GACCGGCUGUCACUUCUGCGGCCGCCCGCCCCAUCGCCAGUCACUCGCAAGUGCGGGGACUGAAUGAGCACCAAGGCAGGGGACCCACGGCUCGGUCUGCGACCGGGGCAUCGCUUCUCCUGCUUUUGAUUUUUUGCAUGCAGCGGGGUUUUGAAGGCGGCAGGGAAUUAAGUGACAGCGUCCUUUUCAGAUGAAAUGCACCGGGCGGGAUGAAUUAGACCUGACAGACCGGAACCGGGAGGCUAUGUUUGCUCUGCCGGCCGAGAAGAAAUGGCAGAUCUACUGCAGCAAGAAGAAGGAACAAGAGGACCCCAACAAGCUGGCUACCAGCUGGCCCGACUACUACAUCGACCGCAUUAACUCCAUGGCUGCAAUGCAGACGCUGUUUGCCUUUGACGAGGAGGAGAUGGAGAUGAGGAACAAAGUUGUGGAGGACCUAAAGACGGCAUUGCGCACACAGCCAAUGAGGUUUGUGACACGAUUCAUAGAGUUGGACGGCCUCACCUGCCUCCUGAACUUCCUGAAGAGCAUGGACUACGAGACGUCGGAGAGCCGCAUCCACACAUCUGUGAUCGGCUGCAUCAAGGCCUUGAUGAACAACUCACAGGGUCGUGCCCACGUACUGGCACACCCGGAGAGCAUCAACACCAUCUCCCAGAGCCUGCGCCAAGACAACAUCAAGACUAAAGUGGCCGUGCUAGAGAUCCUGGGAGCCGUGUGCCUGGUGCCUGACGGUCAUAAGAAAGUCCUACAGGCUAUGCUCCACUACCAGAAGUAUGCAGCGGAGAGGACCCGCUUUCAGACGCUGCUCAACGAGCUGGAUCGGAGUACCGGACGCUACAGAGACGAGGUCAACCUGAAGACUGCCAUUAUGUCUUUCAUCAAUGCUGUUCUCAAUGCUGGGGCAGGAGAGGACAGUCUAGAGUUUCGCCUCCAUCUCAGGUACGAGUUCCUGAUGCUGGGGAUCCAGCCUGUGAUUGAAAAGCUGAGGGAACAUGAAAACGCCACCUUAGACAGACACUUGGAUUUCUUUGAGAUGGUGCGGAAUGAAGAUGACUUAGAAUUAGCCAAGCGUUUCGACAUGGAACAUGUGGACACGAAGAGUGCUACCCAGAUGUUUGAGGUGAUCAAGAAGAAGCUGACGCACACAGACGCAUAUCCCUACAUGCUCUCCAUCCUCCAGCACUGCCUCAUGAUGCCUUAUAAGCGUGGCGCAAGCAGCCUGCAGCAAUGGCAGCUGCUGGACCGCAUUCUGCAGCAGAUGGUCCUGCAGGACGAGAAGGGCGAGGACCCCGACCUGGCGCCCUUGGACAACUUCAGCGUGAAGAACAUCAUCCGCAUGUUGGUGAACGAGAACGAGGUGAAACAGUGGAGAGAUCAGGCGGAGAAGUUCAGGAAAGAGCACGCCGAGCUCAUGGCCCGUCUGGAACGCAAGGAGAGGGAGUGCGAGACCAAGACACAAGAGAAGGAGGACAUGAUGAAGACACUCAACAAGAUGAAGGACAAGCUGCAAAGGGAGGGCGUGGAGCUGCGUUCGGCACGCGAGCAAGUCGUCAACUUGUCGUCACGAAUCGGUGACAUCACGGGAGGGAGUUCCUUUUUGCCCCCUCUUCCACCACCAGGGGGCCCUCUGGCUCCGCCUCCACCACCCAUGAUGGCCGACUUCCCUCCUCCGCCACCCCCCCUUCCCUUUUCCUGUCCGCCCCCACCCCCGCCACCUCCGCCCCCAGGAGCCCCUCCCCUCUUUGCCCCAACGGCGCCCCCACCUCCGGGGCCGGUGGCAUUCAGCUCAGGGCUGAGUUUGCGCACCAAGAGCAUCCCCCAGCCGUCCCACCCCCUCAAGUCCUUCAACUGGUCCAAACUGGGGGAGAACAAAAUCAACGGUACUAUAUGGCACGACAUCGAUGACCUGCGUGCCUUCAAAAUCCUGGACCUGAAGGAGAUCGAGAAGACGUUCUCAGCCUACCAGAGACAGCAGGAGCUGCUCACUAACCAAUCCUUCAAGCAGAAAGAGACAGGUUCCAUGGACGACCUCUACCUUAGCACACGCAAGGUGAAGGAGCUCUCCGUUAUAGAUGGCCGCCGUGCCCAGAACUGCGUCAUCUUGCUCUCCAAAUUGAAGAUGAGCAAUGAGGAGAUCAAAAGAGCGAUCCUGGAGAUGGAUGAGCGUGAGGAGCUGGCUAAGGAUAUGCUUGAGCAGCUACUGAAGUUUGUUCCAGAGAAGAGCGACACUGAUCUUCUGGAGGAGCACAAACAGGAGCUGGAGCGCAUGGCGCGAGCGGACCGCUUCCUGUUCGAGAUGAGCAGAAUUGACCACUACCAACAGAGACUCCAAUCCCUGUUCUUCAAGAAGAAGUUUGCAGAGCGCCUCGCAGAAGCCAAGCCCAAGGUGGAAGCAAUCCUGUGUGCCUCCCGGGAUGUGAUGAGGAGCAAGCGGUUGACACAGACCCUGGAGGUCGUACUGGCGUUCGGAAACUUCAUGAACAAAGGUCAGCGGGGCAACGCCUAUGGCUUCAAGGUGUCCAGCCUCAACAAGAUCGCCGACACCAAGUCCAGCAUCGACAGAAACAUCACUAUGCUUCACUAUCUGAUCAUGAUCUUUGAGAAACACUACCCAGACAUCCUCCACAUUCAGCAGGACCUUCAAAGUAUACCGGGGGCCGCCAAAGUCAAUCUGGCUGAGCUGGAAAAGGAGGUGUACAGCAUUAAAAGUGGACUGAAAGCUCUGGAGGCGGAGCUGCAGUACCAGCAACGACGUCCCCGGGAUCACGGGGACAAGUUUGUCCCGGUGGUCAGCGACUUCAUCACGGUGGCCAGCUUCAGCUUCUCUGAGCUGGAGGACCAGCUGAAUGAAGCCAAGAAUAAGUUCUCAAAGGCCCUGAAGCACUUUGGAGAAGAUCAGGGCAAAAUGCAGCCUGACGAAUUCUUCGGGAUCUUUGACACCUUCCUGCAGUCGUUCAAUGAGGCCAAGCAAGACCUGGAGAACAUGAAGCGUCGCAAGGAGGAGGAGGAGAGGAGGGCACGUAUGGAGGCUAUGCUGAAGGAGCAGCGGGACCGAGAGAGGAGGUCCAAGAAGAACCUGGGAGGGGGCACCACGUCGGACGAGGUGGGCGAGUUUGAUGAUCUGGUGUCGGCGCUGCGCUCCGGCGAGGUCUUCGACAAGGACCUGUCCAAGCUAAAACGCAACCGCAAGCGCUCUGGCAGCCAGCACGUGGACGGCAGUGGGCGCGAAAGGCCCAUCACCAAGGUCAACUAUUAAGCACCCCGUCACCCUCUGCUGGACGGCGCCAGGCAACCGCACACCUGAACGGAGCUUAAAAAAUAAUAACCUUUCCUGCUCUUAUUUCACCAAACCUCUGACCAGGUAUUUACUCCCCAAAUGCAAGAAGAAAACCAGAGAUGGACUUGCGGAGACCACUGGGUUUGGCUGUGGAUCACGUUACGUCUCUCGUACCUCCCUCAUGUUUAUCUCCCUGCUCUAGGACAGGUCCAGCACUGGGCCGAUUUUACUGCUCUGGCUUCACAGCUUUUGACUCAGGCACCUGGCACUUAAACCAAAGCCCCCAGGAGCUCCCACAGCCCGGCCCACCACUGCCCUGAACACCUGUGCCCGCACACUACAAAGCACAGAGGCUCAAGCCAAACCCAUUCAGAGGCAAAAAGAGCAGCAAACUGUGCCUCUUCUCCACCAGGCCAGGCUGGGAGUAGCGGCGCCAUACCCACCCACCCUCAUCAACGACAAACACAUGCUGCAGGGGGCAGAGCCACACUGUGUCUCUCCCGUAUUCACUGUGGUGCUUGGUCAUUAUAGAUAGUGAAACCUCAGUCCCUUCAUCAGGGAGGUGGAAAGGAAGACUUUGGUCAUACCCAAACCCCCCGCCCCCCCAAUUCCCAAAGGGCAUCAGCUCUUAAUGUGGCGCUUUGGUGCUGUGGCCGUUAGCUGACUGGAAGCUCAGAAGUCUCACCUGUCAUAAGGCAGUCUGGUAAUGAUGCAAACCGAACUGGAGCGUGGGGGGCGUGCCCCCCACCCCUUCUAAGUGCCUCCUUUCCCACAAUGCAUUCCUCCUACCUCCCAGCUGCAGUUCUGGAGGGAGAAUGGCACCUCUGGGGGGAAAACAGGAAAGGAAGGCAAACUUCAAAGACGGGAUGUGACAGAAAGGGAAGACUUCACUUUUCUUUUCCUGAAAAAAGAAAAUAAUUGUAAAAACAAAAAAAAAAAAAAACACAAAAAAAAAGAUUAUGGCAUUAACUAGUGCCAAAGCUAAAAAAAAAAGAUUAAUACAAAGAAAUGCAAAUAGGAAGGCUUUUAUAUAUUUAUAUAUGUAGAAGUGGACAUGCUAACGUUGAACUUUGCUGUUCAUUAUGUUUAAUUUUGGUUUCCUCGCAAGUUUUUCUAAUGUAUCUUUGUUAAGUCGUAUUUUUAGCUAUUAAUGUUUUUGUAACGUCCUGGUCUCACAGUCCUUACAUCCCAGUCUCAUUUGCACUGUAAUUUACUGAAGACCCCCCUCCCCUCUACCUGCUAGAAUACAUCUUUCGUUUUCACUUCCGUCGCCAACCCCUGGUGAUGUUCUAAUGAGCACCCAAGAUACAUGCUGCACAUUUCAACGUGACCAACGCUUGGUCCUCAGCUCCCUCACUUGCCUGAUUACAGCGAUUUCCACCUGCACUGUCUCCAUUCCCCGCAGUUCUCUACGUAAGUAUCGUAAUGUUCACAACAUUUAAAAAGGCCAGCACACUGCCCCAGCAUGGACAACGGACAGAUAUGACACUCAAAGCACCAGAAAACCCAACGACACAAAGGAAGGAAUGAUGGCACAGUGACAAAUCCUGCAAGCGCAACCUGGGAGAAUCCCCAGCAAGCGCAGCCCCACGGCAAACCUCUCGUGUCUGGGAUUUAGAUAUCUGUUGGCUCAGGGUUCGACGUGCAGAGUUCCCGCCCCCAACCCUGCUCCCCCUUCAUUUUUCUUUCCAAAGGUUAUGUGGUGAUGGACCUUUGGCUUGUUUAAGUGUUUGUGUAGGUGGUGGGGUGGAUGGAUGGAUCAGCCCCGGUCUGGCAAAGACCAGCCUGACGGGAGGCUCGGCCCCGGAAGCCGAACUCGCCGCACUCGGGUGACAAGGACUCACGGGGUCAUUUUGUGGAACUACUGAGCUGGGGAGAAACACCACACACGCAGAAACACACGCACACAUGCAGAAACACACGCACACAUGCAUACACGCAGAAACACACACGCGCUCACUCCACACAUUCAUAUCUUUGCAGGGACCGUCCAUUCAUCCUACGGGGAGAAACCCUAAUCCCAACAAUGGCAACCCUAACCAUAAGUAACCAAACCAAAUAGAAAACUUUUGGCAUUUUUAGUUAUUUGAUUGCAGUUACAGAUUUUUAUAAAAUUCCGGUUAUCCUUGUGGAGACUAACCCACAAGGUAAGAAGCUACAAGUUUUUUUAAUCACAUCGUGGGGAAAUCUGGCCCCCGCAAUAUAAUAACUACAAAAACGCACACACACACACAUACUCACACAUACACACACAGGAAACAUGCAAGAAAGAAGAGGGGAAAAUAUAUGGAAAACCAAACUCAGAACAAGAUAGAGAAACAGGAGGCAGCUGCCUUCCAAAGGCAGAGAUCUGGAUCCUCAGGUCCUGAGGGGCUCGGAACCCCAGGCAGGUCCCUCUGCCAUCUUAGGCCGUGACGCUCGCCGCCUCGGAAGUGCAAAACGAGUCAAACUGCGAGCUUAUCGGAAACAGCAGAUACUGCUUUUACAAAACACAUCUAUGGAAAGAAAAAAAAUAGACAACUUAUACAGUAAAACAAAGAGAGUAGAUAUUUCUCAUAUAGACAUGAAAUAUAGUCAUCCAGGGAUGCAUCAUGGACAGCCAUCUUUAAAGACCAUCCUGACAGGUUAAGAGUCAGUCAGCUGUACAUCUCCAUUUUUUUCCCACUAAAACCAGCUGGCCCACUAUGAGAGUGGAUAGAUUACCGUUACAUUCUCAUCUGGCUCUCAGGCCUGGAGAUAUUGCAUUUAUUAUAAUAACAAAUGACAAAUAACUCCUCAACAGUACGAAAAGGUCCGGUCAGAGAAUACAUUAAAAAACACUUACGCUGCUUAAGUGGCGUCGAAUUUCCUGGGGCGGAUGCUGAACAGGAAGGCCCCGGGGGCUCCCUUAUCGCGUCGCUCCGUGUGCGUUUAGCCACAGCUGCAUGGCCGUCGAGUCCGGGGGCUGCAGUCUCGCAGGAGAUUAAGAGGAUUUGGACCAGGCCUGACUAGCUGGAGGCGUGACAGACCGUGACCUGUUUGUUCCGUCUCCCUGACAUCCUGCAUGGGCCACCUCCACCUGAGCAGACCUAAACCAGGAAUGGAAAUGGGACUCCGGUCCAGAACCCCCCCCACAGGUGUUGGCUGCAUCAGCACAGGAUGUUGCGUCAGACCCGCUCCACAGCACGCUCACAGUGCGUCUUACCCGCUCCGCUGGGCGCUCACAGUGCGUCAUCCCCACUCCACACCGCGUUCACAGUGCGUCAUAACCACUCCACACCACGUUCCCAGUGCGUCAUACCCACUCCACACCGCGUUCCCAGUGCGUCAUACCCACUCCACACCACGUUCACAGUGCGUCGUACCGGCUCCACACCGCGUUCACAGUGCGUAAUGCCACACUUGCAGAGAUAAACACUCCGUGUAACUGUGUGCUGGAUUCUCAGUGUGCUAGGAUAGGGUUUUAUGACCUAAAUGGGGUCGGUUUGCCAGUCACAGCACCAUAACACCACAAAUGUAAGGCAAGGAGCAGCACAUGGAGCAAACGCACCCAGCACACUGUUCCGGCAUCAGUCUGUCUCUAUCCAGCUUCGCCGCAUUUCAAACUCAAGUAAUUAUUUCCUUAUUUGGUCACUUGUUUAUUUCUUCAGUGAGUGUGAAAAUGUCAGUGGCAGUAAAGCAAAAGGAAAAAACACACAUACAGAAAAAUCUCUAAUAUGAAUCAAUGGACCUCCACUGUAGCUGAGCGUUAGACGAAAUUAGGUCACUGUGCGUGGGGUGGGGGGGGGGGGGUCUGCUUCCAUCACUCCAGGGUCUCGCGGUCAUUCCCCUAGAGCAUAUUCAGGCCAGGUCACAGGCCCCCUAACCCCCCAGGCCCCAAAAGCCUCUUUCCUGUAUUUUUUUGUGUUUUCCCUCAAGUGCCUCUUCUUUGUUCCGGUACCCUGGCUGUUGUGGAUGCUGUCAGGCUCUCUCCAGCAAAUCAGUUUCGAAAAAGAAAGUUCUGGUUAAAUAGGGUGCAACUUAGCCUGAGCCCACAGUGUCGGCUCCUCUACACCCUCCAAAAAUCCCAGGUAUGACUGUCUGAGGGUAGACACACAAAAUCAGUGCCAAAGCCUGUUGGAAAUCCAACCCGCAGCUCCAUGUGGCUAAAAAGGCUACUGCAUAAUUCGUCACAUGCAAGUUUAAUGUGUAAAUGUACACCCACAGAUUAAGCCCUUGUCCACACACACGGGUACCUUUGAAAAUGGUGUUUUCCUCCUCCGUUAUAAAAAAAAAAUCCCAUUCACAUAAGCAGUUUUAAAAAAAUCUCCGUCUACAUGAAAACGUUAAAAACACGCUGUCAAAAGCAAACACUUGUGAAUAGUGAUGAGGGCACACUCUGAUGUCAGAGUGAAAAAUGGGGCAAACUCAGACGUUUUCUGAAAAUCGAGUUCUCUGUUUUCAGAGACCUGAAAUGCCGUUUGUGUGUGUAUGAAAGGCUAAAACGCAUAAAAAGCUAGGUGUUAAAAAAUAUCCGUGUGCCUGUGGACAAGGCAUUUACUAAAGAGCAAAACUCCUGAAAGAGUGGCCCCCUUAACACACACGGGGUAACAGUUUUCCCCUUCAUUUGCACUUAGAAGGGCCCUGAUUUAACAGUAUUGUGGUAUUUAUUUAAAUAGCGGAAACCUGGAAUAUCUGCACAUUUUGUUUCAAAGUAAAGAACAGUUGGGGUUCCAAAAUCAUCGGUAUUAUCUCGUCACCUUCAGCGCAGAGUCGCUCCGGGCAAUAGCUGUCUCGGAUUAUCCCGGAAGUCAAGUGUCCAGGGUCAUGGCGUAUUGUAACACUUCACACGCCGCUGCGUUUGUUCGAAUCCAUUUGCAACGAAAGAAAUAAAUAACUUAUUACUCACCCAGUUUCACACAGGCGUCCGGCAGGUGUUAUUCGCCAAAUGGCCAGCAGGUGGCACGGUUUCAGUGCGAUUCGCGCAGUGACACGUACACACGUUUCGAGCGAGGCUUAAGCGAGGUUGCACCCAAUUUAAACUAGUUGUAUACACAUUCUUAUUUGUAAGAGUGGAAUAAACUCUUAUGAAAGCUGUACAGCCAUUUAACGUUUUGUACACCGUUUUAGUUGUUGACAAAAGGUAAAAACGAAAGUUAAGGAAUGUUCAAUUUACCUGUAAAUUGUACCUCUAUUUAUUUGCCUUAUUUAGUUUGUCGUAUUUUAUAUGCAUACACAAUAAAAAUGUUCUAUAAAAUGAU